CGUCCAUGGCUACUGUUGCGCUUUAGAUGUUACCCACAAUGCACGGCGAGGAGGUUGAUACCUAGUGGGUACGAUUUUUAUUUAAAUAAAUAUAAUUAUUGUAAUAAUCUAAUGAUGAGUUCUGGAUUGUAAUGUGUAAUAACUCAGAACUGUUCGAGCAGUGACCGACUCGCACUGCUGGUUACCCUUAUGGAUCCGUUAGCUGCUAACUGACUAGCAUUAGCCAACUAGCUAGGUACUUGUGAAGAGAGUGACAUUCCUCAUCACAGUUUAUUAAAUGUCGUGUUCAGAUAGAACGGAAAGCUGAUGAAUGCAAGAUGGAGAAGGAAACACGGAGCACUAUUAUUUUUAACUCCUCUAAAAGAGAACUGUUCACUGCUAACACCGGCUACAAGUCCCUACAGAAGAGACUGAGGACACAGUGGAAGAUUCAGAGCAUUAAAGAGGAAAUCACUGCAGAGAAACUGCAUGGUGUAAAGCUGUGGAUUACUGUCGGCCCUCGAGAGAAGUUUACUGAGGCAGAGUUGCAAGUCCUGAAGCAAUACCUCCAUGGUGGUGGGAAUAUUCUUGUGAUGCUCGGAGAAGGAGGAGAAGUAAAAAAUGGCACAAAUAUCAACUUCCUUCUGGAGGAGUUUGGUAUCAUGGUGAACAGCGAUGCUGUCGUGAGAAACGUUUAUUACAAAUACUUCCACCCCAAAGAAGCACUCGUGUCCAACGGCGUCCUUAACAGGGAAAUCAGCCGUGCUGCCGGCAAAGCGGUAACGGGGGUGAUUGAUGAUGAAAGUCCUGCCAACAAUACACAGGCUCUUACUUUUGUGUACCCGUAUGGAGCCACGCUGAGUGUCAUUAAGCCUGCUGUGGCGGUUCUGUCCACCGGCUCUGUGUGCUUCCCUCUCAACAGACCUGUUCUGGCCCUCUCUCACAUCGGGAAAAAUGCAGGCAAGUUGGGAGUGCUGGGCUCAUGCCACAUGUUUAGUGACCAGUACCUGGACAAGGAGGAGAACAGUAAAAUAAUGGAUGUUGUGUUUCAAUGGCUGAUGACUGAAAACAUUCAUCUUAACCAAAUAGACGCUGAAGAUCCAGAGAUUACAGAUUACACCAUGCUGCCAGAUACUGGAUUUCUAUCUGAACGUCUGAGAGUGUGUCUUCAAGAGGGCGACGAGCCACCACGAGACUUCACCUCUCUUUUCGACAUGUCUGUCUUUAGGCUGUCCACAGACUCCCUCCCCAGUGUUAUUAGUUCCUACAAGCAGUUGAACGUCAAGCAUGAGCCGCUGCAGUUGAUCACGCCGCAGUUUGAAACGCCGCUACCACCUCUGCAACCUGCUGUCUUCCAGCCUGUCUUCAAGGUCCUGCCCCCUCCCAUGCUUGACCUCUUUGACCUUGACGAGACCUUCUCAUCUGAAAAAGUGCGACUUGCUCAGCUUUCGAACAAAUGCACUGAUGAUGAUCUUGAGUUUUAUGUGCGGAAAUGCGGAGACAUCUUGGGGGUUACGGGCAAGUUAGACAAAGACAACAGAGAUGCCAAAUACAUCCUGGAGCACAUCUUUUUUCAGGUGGUGGAGUUUAAAAAACUGAAUCAGGAGCAUGAUGUAGACACAGCACAGACAGGGUUUUCUCCUUUCUGAAGCUAUAACUUCAACUGUAUCCAUGCACAACAAAACCGAAUACAGAUCUACCAACACUUUAAAUCUUAUUAAUUUAAUCGUAUGAUUUCACUGGGAAACACUUGCUGCAAGGCAGGAAUAUCCUGGCCACGUCAUCGCACAGCUUCAGGCAUAUUUCUUAGACAUAGCCUAUUAUGUCUGUAUAGACACCUGGCCGGCAGAUAGAUUCACAGCUAAGAUUCAAAUCCUGGUUUUAGCAGUGGUAGGUUAGUGUAAUAGAACUCUGUACCACCCAAGUGCUCAUUUACAUACAGACAUCACUGGCUGUGUUAAAAGAGGUGGAUGACCGAGGCCCCGCGUCCAGGGUGUUUUACUGCACAGCAUCCAAUGAUUCUGGGGAUUCAGAUAUGUUAAAAACAUGCAUACAGGCUUGAAUGUAAAUAGUCUGUCCAUACUUUCCUGUACAAUUAAAUGUUUAUAUUCCUGAGCAGAUGAUAUGUAGAGGUUUUAAAUUCUAAAUAAACUUUUUUAACUCUUUCCUUCAAA